UCACCGUUAAAAUAGAAACCCUUUUGAAGAAAUCCUUCAAAAUUUUGCCGCACCCGACAAAUCCAUUAUGAAGAGGCCGAGUCUUCAUCUUGAACAAGUAGUCUUCUGGGAUUGAAAUUUUAUACGAGAAAGGUGCUUCUCAUAAAUUUUUCUUGAUGAAAAUGGAAGAAAGACCCGAUUUACCAGCUAGAUUUUUCAAGGUUAUUUUGCCCUCAGUUGAUAGCCAACGAAAACUGAGGAUCCCUGAUAAAUUUGUUGGAAAAUAUGGGCACGAACUCUCUGAUGUUGUCAGACUUGUGGAUCCUAUCAGUGCUGUUUCAUAUGUCAGAUUGGAAAAGACGGAAAAGACACUCUGGCUUUGCGAUGGCUGGGAAAAGUUUGUGGACGACCAUUUCAUCAGUUAUGGGUACUUUUUACUCUUCAAAUACAGAGGGAACUCAACCUUCAAUGUUAAUAUAUUAGACUUGACGGCCACAGAGGUUGACUAUUCACUUAAUAAUAGUCGUAAUUUUGAAAGAACCAAUCACUGUACUCGGAUUUCUAUUUCCGAAAAGGAAGAGAAUAGUAAUGAUGAAUCUGUUGAAGUUCUAUCUUUCUUCCCUCGCAAACCAAAUGAAUGUGGGGUUAGGGCAACAAAUAGUAGAAGACAUCAUCACCAGACUACGCAUGAUUUGUCUUUUUCAUCAAAAGAACUUGCCCAUGAAGUUAAAAGGGGUAAGAUUGAUGCAGCCGAGAGGUCAAAAUCCCAGCAUUGCUAUCUUACACGAAACAAAUGUAAAAUAGAAGAUGAGGGAACUAAAACUGAGUGCGAAAAACCUAAUAUCACUAUCAAGAAUGUUCAAGAGACAAUUCCAUGUACUGAAGACAAUCGACAAUCUAGUUCAAAUGGCUCGUGUAUUAAAAGUCACUCGGGAAAGAAGGCCAUAGAUGCUGCUGCAAAAUAUUUGCCUAAAGGCCCUUCAUUUGCCGUCAAGUUGAAACGAAACAAUCUAUAUCCACACUUUUGGAUGUACGUGCCAACCGCAUUUUCUCAGUAUCUGCCAAGUGCUCCAGGGCUUAUUGUACUUGUUGAUUCAGAUGGCCAGAAGUGGCCAGUCCGUGUAAAGCAAAAAAAGGGAGCUAAGGACAGAUAUCUAUCAAAAGGAUGGAAGGCAUUCGUCAAGCUAAAAAAUCUUAAAGUUGGUAAUACGUGUGUCUUUGAGCUAAUCGACGCCAAUAAACACAUGAUAAGGGUUUCCACCUUUAGCAACACGAGCAGAGUUGGAAAUUGACUUCAAUUGAUCUGAAUCAAGCAGCGGACAAGAUAGAACGGAAUAUGAAUAGUGACAUUUUCCCCCUUCUUUGGAGAGGCAUUUGAACUUGGGAACAACCUGUUUAUAUCAACUGCAAUAGGAUUCUGAGUUACCAAACCUUCAAUUGAUUCAAGAUUUUUGUACUUUUAUUUACUUUGAAAUUACUAGCAAUUUUUUUUAUUAUAAUACUUUGUUGUACUUU